AACUCAGAUUCACACAGUGGGUUGGUUCAUUGCAGCAUGGGUUGAUUUCUGAUGAAAUAAUGACAGAAAAAGGAUGUGGUAAAAUUAACACACCCACCGUAAUAAAUAGGAGGGAACCUGCAUGUUCUCAAAGAAUGCAAGCAGUCUCUCCUCAGAUCUUCUGCUCCCGUGGAUCCUCCAGCAGAAAUGAUGGCUCUGUGGACCAGCAGGGUUCCCCUGGCGGUGCUGCUGGUGCUACUGGCUGCACGCUGCACGGAUGGAUACAAGCCGGUCGUCAUCGUUCACGGCAUCUUCAACAAGCCCAAGCAUUUUGAGACUCUCUCCACGUUCAUUAAGAAGGUACAUCCCGGCACCGAGGUGCAUACCAUUAGUCUCUACAACAACUUGGAGAGUCUGAAGCCGCUGUGGAGGCAGGUCCGAGACUUCAGAAAGGCCAUCGAGGAGAUCAUGAACAAGUCUCCUAAAGGAGUCCAUCUGCUGUGUUUCUCACAAGGCGGUGUAAUCUGUCGAGCAGUUCUCUCCACGUCUCCCAAUCACAACGUGCACACAUUCAUCGGCCUGUCCUCUCCGCUGGCUGGACAGUACGGAGACACAGAUUGCCUAAGGAAGGUAUUUGCACACUAUGCAAAGAAGACGGUUUAUAUCUUCUGCUACAACAAAGUGGGGCAAAAAAUUUCUUUGUGCAACUACUGGAAUGACCCUCACCAUAGAGCCGGCUACCUGAGGGGCAACACCUUCCUGCCGCUGAUAAAUGGUGAAAAACCUCACAAGUUCAUGAAAGAAUGGAGGGAAAACUUCCUGCGCAUCAAGAAGAUGGUGCUGAUUGGAGGUCCAGAUGAUGGGGUCAUCACUCCGUGGCAAUCCAGCCACUACGGGUUUUAUGACGCCAGCGAAGAUGUUGUGGAAAUGAGGAACCAGGAGUUUUACAAGCGCGACACGUUUGGUCUGAGGACGCUGGACGCUCGCGGUGACGUGUCGGUGUGCGUUCAGUCCGGCGUGGAGCACACACACUGGCACUCCAACAUCACCGUGUUCACCAACUGCAUAGAGAAAUGGCUCAUAUGAAAGUGCCUCAACACACACUAAAAUGUGCUAAAGUUUAAAACAUGUAAGCUUUUAAAUUCAGCUGGUACUAAAUUAAGACCAUAAAUGCUCAACACAGAGAAUGUGGCGACAUCUAGUGGUAAAACUGAAGAUUGCAACCAAAUAGACUAUUUUCCUUGCCUUUGUAAACUUCAUGCUUUGUUGAUUUUUUGCAACCUAAAAUCUGUAAUGAUAUCUAGUUCAACAUUACUCCAACUUUCCUAAUUAAUCCUAUGUUUCUGCAGACAUUUAUAAUAAUAGAAAAAAGUAUUUUAACUCUCAUUUCAUUGCCUUUUUUAAAUUUGUCAAUAGGAAAGGAAAGCUUUUCUAUGAUCAAUACAAUUUAAUGCCAAAUUAAAAAUGUUGCAUAGUACCUGAAUGAAUUCAUGAAGUUUUCUGAAUUUUAUUUCAUUCUGAAUUUUAUUUCAUUGUUUCUGACCUGACAGAAGGUCUUUAUUGGGUCAAAAUGUAUAUUCUGACUUAGAAUGUUUUGACCUAAAAUUAUAUUUUACAAAAAAUUAUGUAGGUCUUCAGUUUUAUUGUAUUUCAUAUUAAUUCUUUCAUUGUUUAUUUUGUUUUGUACCCAGCUGGAUUAAAAGACACCCUUAUGAUGACAAAUGAUACGAUUUUUAAGUUGAGUUAAAUGUAAGUGCUUUGAUUUUACAGAUUCUGCCAAUAAAAACUUCACUCUUCUACGA